AUGUCUGAAACACUUCGCUUACUCUUCCCACAAUGGCAAGGAGCAAACUCUAUAUUACUCAGAACACUUGCUCCUGAUCUUAAAGAACCAGGAUUUGGCUACACCCUCGGCUCAAGAAUGAUUAAUUUAUUAGUUCCUGAUCCAAAUACAAAAACAGCCACUGUUCCUAUUUCUAUGGAUGAAUCUCCAGAAGCCAUCAAGACAGAGAAUGGUAUUUUUGCAUAUCAAGAAAUAAAGAAGAAUAUUCAAUUAGCACUUGAUAUCCUCAACAAAGAACAUCCAAAGAAGGUUGUAACAAUCGGUGGGGAAUGCUCUGUCAGUCUUGCACCAUUUGCUUACAUGGCUGGACAGCAUAAAGAUGAUACAGCACUCAUUUGGGUUGAUGCACAUCCAGAUAUUAAUCUUCCAGGCAAUGAAUAUGAUGGCUUCCAUGCCAUGAUUUGUGCCCACGCAAUGGGUCUUGGAGAUGAAGGAAUCCUGAAAUUACUUCCAGGAACAGUUUCUCCCAAGAACACACUUAUGGUUGGAUUAAGACAGUUCACAGAUCCAGCAGAGAAACUCAGAAAAGAGCUCGGCAUUCCAUAUGUUUCUUGUGAUUCUGCAAACAAAAGCCCAGAUGAAGUUAUCAACUGGAUCAAGCAAUCAGGAAAGACAAAGAUCUUAGUUCAUCUCGAUCUCGAUGCAUUGGAGCCAAAGGAUCUUUGGGUUGCUCUUGGUAAUGAUCCAAAUGGACUUCACCCAUCAUCUGUUGCCAAGCUUCUUAAUGCAAUUUCAAAGGAAUUUGAUUUGGUUGCUCUCACAAUUGCAGAACCAUUCCCACGUGAACAAAUGAAGUUCAGAUCAUUCCUUGAGGAGCUUCCAUUAAAGUAA